UCACCCAUAUACGAUAACAGCGAUUAACGUCCGUUACCGUCAAACCCGCUAUCGCGUGCCGGGACAUCCGCCUACUACACUACACCAUUGUCAACCCCUUUCUCUGACCCCAUUAUGUACGAAGUAUGCAUGUUUUGUUCCCUGCCUCUAGCGGCACGCGGGCUGCUCCCAAGGGAUAUGUCGUUCAACGGUGAAGAGGCAGGUGCAUAUAAGCGCGGUCGACCGAAUGACGAUCACCAUCCAUUGCCAUUGAAUCGAGUCCGACUGGCAACUGGAUUCCUCAGAACCCCUGCCUCUAUACAAUUCAGCCUGAGCCCAGCCUCCCGCCGUGUCCUACAUACCUAGGAGGUCAUAUCAAGGUCCCUUCCUCGACCUUCCGCACUCGAACCAGCCUCCCUUGGCACAAUCAAAUAACCCUGCUUAGGGAAACCA